GGAAGAGAAGCGAGUUUCUUUGGGGGCCGGCCAUCUUGUGUGGGCAGCAGGCGAGCGCGCAGGGGGUGGGCCUGGGGCCUGGGCAGCAUCGGAGGAGGAUCCCGCCGAGAGGGGCCCAUCAUGCCCGGACACCUGCAGGAAGGCUUCGGUUGCGUCGUCACCAACCGCUUUGACCAGCUCUUGGACGACGAAUCCGAUCCCUUCGAGGUGAUCCAAGCUGCCGAGAGCCGCAAGAAAGAGAGCGCCGGAGGAGGGGGAGGCGGCGGCGGCGGGGGCCACCAGGGCGGUCGUGGAGGCGGCUCUGGGCAGGCGGCUCAAGCGAACUCCUCCUCAGGCGGCGGCUCGGGCCAGGCCGGCUCCGCGGGCGGGAGCGGCAGCGCGGCGAAGCAGCUGCGCAGGGAGUCGCAGAAGGAACGCAAGACCCCGCUGUCGCCCUUCGCUCCCUCCUCUGGGCCUGGCGGCGCCGGAGACCGGCGGGAAGAUGGAGGCGGGCAGCCUGGCUCCGCGCCCCUCCGGAAGGAAGGGAUAAGGCGAAUUGGCAGACGGCCUGAUCAGCAGCAGCUUCAGGGAGAAGGCAAACCUAUUGAGAGGAGGCAAGAGAGACGGCCUCCUCGUGAGCGGCGAUUUGACAAACCUGCUGAAGAGAAGGGUGAAGGAGGAGAAUUUUCUGUUGAUAAACCUAUUAUCGAUCGCCCAAUGCGUGGCCGUGGUGGUCCAGGUGGAAGAGGUGGUCGUGGUGGCAGAGGACGUGGCAUGGGCAGAGGAGAUGGCUUUGACUCUAGAGGCAAACGUGAAUUUGAUAGACAUAGUGGAAGCGACAGAUCUUCUCUUUCACAUUCACAUUUCAGUGGCCUAAAGCAUGAGGACAAGCGCGGUGGAAGUGGAUCACACAACUGGGGAACUGUCAAAGAUGAGCUAACUGAGUUGGAUCAAUCAAAUGUCACGGAGGAAACACCAGAGGGAGAAGAGCAUCCACCUGCAGAUUCAGAAAAUAAAGAAAAUGAAGUAGAUGAAGUCAAGGAGGAAGGUCCAAAAGAAAUGACCCUGGAUGAAUGGAAAGCUAUUCAAAAUAAGGAUCGCGCAAAAGUUGAAUUCAACAUCCGCAAACCAAAUGAAGGUGCUGAUGGACAAUGGAAAAAAGGUUUUGUUCUCCAUAAGUCAAAGAGUGAGGAGACAAAGGGGAUGACAGAGAUGCAGGGGAGUCAGCUGGAAUCCAAUGAGUCUCAUGCUGAAGACUCUGUAAUGGAUCAUCACUUCCGCAAGCCAGCUAAUGAUAUCACAUCCCAGCUGGAGAUCAAUUUUGGAGAUCUUGGUCGUCCUGGACGUGGUGGUAGAGGUGGAAGAGGAGGGCGUGGGCGUGGGGGAAGGGCCAACCGUGGAAGCAGAACUGACAAGUUGGUUAAGGAGUUUGAUGUGAUCCACGCACCCAACCAGUCAAGUGCUUCUGCUCCUGAUGUUGACGAUCCAGAAGCUUUCCCAGCUCUGUCCUAAACUGGAUGCCCUAAGCCAACCCUGCCCCUUGAUGGGCCCUCCUCUACAAGGCUUGCAUGCUUAAGGAUCCUAAAAACAACUAAGAAAUUUAAAAAAGGGGACUCUCAUUCAUACCAUUCACACCUAAAGACUGAAUUUUACCUGUUUUGAAAAUGAACUUCUCUUGCUACACAGAAGCAACAAUAUGGUAGUCAGUUUUGUAUUUAGAAAUGUAACAGUAGCAGGGAUGUUUUCAUAAUUUUUUUCGGAAAUUAUGCAUUCUUCAUGGAUACUUUUUUGUAUUGCUGCUUGAAAAUAUGCGUUUCCAAACUUGAAAUAUAGGUGUGAACAGUGUGUACCAGUUAAAGCUUUCACUUCAUUUUUUUUAAUUUAGAAUUUUAGGUGUUUUCCCCAGAUUACAAUUUUAACUCUUGCACACUCUUUCUUUUAAUACUGCUUAGCAGAUUUUUUUCUUCAAUCUAUGAUCAGCUGGGAUAUGUACAAAAAAAUUGGAAAAUUGUUAGUACUGUGUGGAAUACUAACUUCUGGAAUAUUUUGAGUUUUUAAUACUUAAAUCCAAACUUGGAGAAGUCCAUUUUCUUCUAUCUUUGGUAGCUUGUGUAUUCAAAGUCUUUAUACAAAAAUGAUAUUGGAUACUUGAAAAAAUAGUUAAAGCACAUUGCUUUAUACUCAGAUAUCUGUGUAUAAAGCCAGCACCUCUGUUUGGGUAAUUGGUCUAAGCCAUUCUAAAAAAGAAUUCUGUGUUACACCUCUCAUUCAUCCUUUCAACCUUAUUCUUUUCCUUCCACAAAUAUAGUUGUCUGUUUGGUAAAAGUUUGUUUAAACUUGCUAAUAUUGUUGCUACCCAAAAUAUCUUGUAGAUGGGAGCAACUUUUUUUUUUCAUGAUGUGGGAGGUUGGGAAGAAAGUGGCAUCUGUUUCUAAUACAGUUGGUUUAAACUACAUUUGGUAUUGUCUGGCAGUGUAGUAUAUCGACACAGAGAUAUACCUGCUUUGGAUGCAUUUAAACACUUCCACUAGCUACAGACCUGGUCCUAAAGAAGAAACCAAAGGACAUGGUGUACUACCUUGGAGGAGAAUUAUUUGACAUGUAAGUUGAAGAUUAGUGAGCAUCAAAAUGGGACAGCAGUUGUCUCCUUGGGACAUAACCAAAACUUUACUUUUUUGUGGUUUUUUCCCUCUGUUGCCUCUGGUCUCAGCUAGCUGACAAACGAAUGUUUUAUUUUCAGAGUGUGAUUGUAAGUUCUCCUUAUCACUGUAGAAUUCUCUUAAUCCCUGUGAACAGGAAUGUUACCACUUUCAAAACACAAGGAACUUGAGAAAAGCAAAUAAUAAAAAGGACUACUUAGGAUUUUUGACUGCAGCAUUUGUUAGGAGAUUAGAAUAGGAACAACCAUUUAAGGUUUCUUACUGUUUGAACCGCUUUUAGCAUUUGUGCUUUCUUAGUUACAGAACGAAGGACAAUACUCUAUUUUUUUUUUUAAAAGCUGUAUGGGAUGAGCAGAAGAAUUAGACAGUGGAAAAGUAAACUCACUUUGUGUUCAACUGGCUUAGAUUAUCUAAAUGAUUUGUAUGAACAUUUUUGUUUACGUAAGCAAAGGUUACUGUAUUGGAGUGGACUCUUGAUGCAUUCAGCUUUCAACACAGCCUGGAAGAAAGACGCAGAUUUUCAGUGUAUCAAAUAUAUUUUGCCCCAUGGGUGGUUUUAAGAUGAUAAGCAUUCUUUCAAAGUAUUUUGGACUUUUAAAUUGUCUCAUUUUAGAGGUAGUCAAUUUUCUAGGGUCAACAGGACCAUACAUUUUCAAUAGCCACCUUCUUUCCCUGGCCCCUCCAGUUUCACAUCUCUUAAUACAGAAUAUAUUAGAUGAUGCUGAUAUUAUCUGUAUCCUUAAACAUCUUAUCAUAUAUUCACUGUGCAAGUAUUCUCAUCUCCAAAGACAUACUUAAUCAGUAGUUCUUUGCUGUUCUGUAUGCUCCGAAUUUCCCAGGCUAAUAAUGGCUCUUUCCACCCCUUGUUCAGAAAAUCCAGCAGUCUUAUGUUAUGCCAACUAGAUGCUUGACACACAUCCUCCAGCUUGGCAUACUGUAACAUCCAAUAAGUUAAGGAAGGCCUUUUAAAAGUGGCCCAUUGCUGUUCCUUUAAUAGCUGUGUAUCUUAAAUUGUGUCAAGCUGUGAAACAAAAUACUAAUGUGUUAACAAAAUAAAGGUUUAUUUUCAUGCUCUUUUAAAAAAAUGUCACAAAAAGUUGGCAUUAUGAAUGCCUCUAAUGCCAAGCAUCUUGCAUAGUCUCUAGCCCACAAGUCCCUGGAUACAGGGACUGGUGCCUUUAUGCAUCCAUUAUCAGCAGUGGGUGUGGCUUUUGCAAAACUGUAUCUUCCCACCAUCUGUCUAGUAUUAGCUAUUAAUGACUCAUUUUCUCUUAAUUGUUUAUUCUGCCAUUACACUGCUGUAUUAAGGGAUGAGGCCUGUAUUUCUUUUAAUGGGUCAAUACCAAAUAUGAAAUGGUUGACUUACUUUUAAUGUUUGAGCAUGAAAGUUCGUCUUGUGCCAACCAACUGGCAUAAAUGUUACCAGAUGAAUGAAAGAAAAGUGCACAAGUCCUACUAAGGUAACCAUCGGGUUCAAACUAAUCCUGUUGUGACUGUAGGUCUUUCUGUUGGGAGGGAUGCUGCGUCAAAUGGUUGAUCACGUCUUGCCCAGUGAGAUUCACUUGCAUAUCAUACUUGUUGACUUAAUAAAAGUAGGACUUACGUUU